ACGUAAAUGACACAGGUUUACGGCGGUGAGUAAACACUCCAGCGUUACUGCACAGCGAACGCGACCAAACGCUCUGCUUUGGACGCGAAUUCAUGUGUUAGGAGACCUUUAUUCCACAUGCUCAGCCUGCUGGUAAUGACGUUUAUCUCGCUGUUGCUUGUCGUGGGUGUGUGUCCAGUGUAGUCUGGAGGCUGAGCGUCCACCUGCGUGUCCUGCUUUUACCUGCGAGCUCUUUAUUGUUAAUAACCGACUCUGUCUACUGUCUGUACAGUAACUCCCAGCCUGCGCACAACGGCGCCUGCUGUUGAAGAGGGAAUUACAACAAUCCGACUAAAGAUCUGCGUUUAAUCCUUGAAAUGUGACGAAAGGUUUUCAGACUGGUUGGCUGUGAAGUGGUGCAUCGUCGAGAAACUGAGAUUUUCUUUACAGGGCACACUUUAAAAAGGUGGUUCUUCAGGGGUUCUUAGUAAAGGGAAUGGUUCUAUCUAAAACCAUGAGUUAUAUACUGAACCCGAUCGUGCUUAAAUGGUUCUUUGCAUGGUGAAAUGGUUCUUAUGAUUUAUAUAGAAUGAGUUGUGCAUGGAACCUUUUUGAAAAUGGUUCUGUAUCACCCCAAAAAGGUUUGUUUUCUAUUGUCACAAGCCUGACAUCUUAACAAUCGAAAUAUAUAGAACUCUUUAUAAAAGGUUCCAUAUAGAACCAGUACAGCCUGAAGGACUAUUUAAGCAUGGAUCUAUACAGAAUUCAUGGCUUCUGAAUAAAACCAUUUCCCUUACGAAAGGAAAAUAAAACCACCACACACUUACAAAAGACGGUUCAGAAAUAAGGGUUCUUUAGUAAAUGGAAUGGUUCUAAAUAGAACUAAAGAGCCAUCUGGUGUAAGUGUGUGGUGGUAAUAGCAGGGCUCUAGACUGUCUGCACUGGUUGCACUAGUGCGCCUAACUUUUUUUUUCUUAGGUGCACCCAAAUUUUUCGGCCACAUCGCAUUUAACGGCGCAGUUUUACAGGUUCACUUUUUUAAAAUCGCUGUCCAUAUAGACAACAUUGACUUGUAAAUGAUAACUAACAAUCUGGUCAACAUACAAUUCUACAGGUAACUUACUGAAAAAGUUUUGGUGCUUAAAGUGCUUCACUGAGCUGAAAUUUAAGGGGUCCCGCCCUUCACUGUCCCUGAUUGGUUUAGACCACAAUAUGGGCCUAAUGUGCGUCUGUCGUUGAACCACAGGGAGACUUUCAGAGUCGCAGAGACUUUUUUUUAGUUGCACCGUUGAGAAAUUAGGUCGCACGUUAGAGCCCCGAAUAGGAAAAUAGGGUCACAAUGGCUUCAACACAAAUAUAGCCAGUUUGUUUAUUACCCAAAACCAACAGUGAACUUGCACAUGUCCGCAGCUUUCUGCGAGGAUGGGUUUAUUGUAUUGUAUUGUGCCUCAUUCAAGAAGCAGUCCAGACUGACUGUAACACUCCUUAUAACUGUAGUCUGAAUGGACAGAGCUGAACUGCUGUAAGGUCAAUAGACAGCUGUGUAAAUGUUUCAGAUGUUGUUUUGUUGUACGUAUAACAUCACAAAAACUGAAUUCCACAUGGACUGUUUUUCUAGUUUCCAUAUAUGGACAGUAUGGACUGGAAAGUGAACAGAACAUCAUGCUCUUCAGGCGUCUGGUUCUAAACACCACUACUGUCAGUGUAUUCUAGGGUGUGUCAGCAGCAGAGGAAGGAAAGAUGCUCCAAACAAAGCAAAAACAACAACAGCACUUGUAUCAGCAAAUGCAGCAGUUUCCGCAUGUACCAAUACUGUCACGAGUACCAUCCACACAUUCACCGAUGGCGCCUCUCUUGGCCCUGCCUAACCAGCCACCCCGUCUCCAUGUUGAUCAUCGUAUGCAUCCAGGGGCAAGGAUGACACACAGACCUAUGGUAGGCCGUCCACCCAUCUCUGUAGUUAGACCAGGCUCUGCCAGCACCCAGAGCCUUCUCGGACCCAAACCUAUGAUGCAGCAGCCGGUGGUCAUGCACCAGAUGCCAGGAAUCUCAGGGGGUUCUGGGAAGCGGCUUCCACCACCAUUUUUACCUACAGGAGUUAGACAGUCACUUCUCGGGCCAGCGCCUGUUGGUACAUCAUUAAGGAACGCACACAUGGGUUUUGUGCCUGGACAUCAGCUUAAUUUGUAUUGUCCACCUUAUAAGAAUAAGAAAGGCGUUGUGCUCACCACUCAGAGGAUAAGGGAGCAUGGACAAAAACCAGCAGGGAAAAGUAAUGGACAAAUGACUAAAAGCAAAGCAGAUAUCAUCACUUCCCAAAAGGAAAAAAAAAUGGAAAUGUCCAUUAAAGAUGGUCAAGGUUCAUCGAAUGAACAGACAGAACCUCUUGCUAAAAAGCAGAAGAAUCAGAGAGCUGAUGAAGACUCUGAAAGUGGAGAUGCAGAGUGCAGGACUGCAGGCACAGAUUCAUCUGUGCUUCCAGAACAAGAUGAAGAGGAAAUCCAUUCUGCAGAAGCAGAGGAAGAUCUGGAGCAGGGCAGGACAGCAGAGGUUCAGGGUGUAGGAACAUCUCUGAAAGUGACCAUUCAACGCAGCAGUGACAGCCGAGCCUUCAGCACUGGACUAGAGGAGAGUCCAGCAGCUGCAGGUCAGAGCACGGACAAAGAGAAGAGCGAGUCUGCAGGUGAACUCUGCUGCAAAAUCUGCAAUGUGACUUGUCCUGAUCAACAGGACUUUCAGACUCACAUGAUCAGUUUGGAUCACCAGAUGAGGAUGAUGGAGAUUCAGCAUCUGAGUAACACUUGUCUGGCCACACUGCUACCCCAAAUACAGCAGACCCUACAGGGCACACUUAGAGAUAAAAAGCAGGGGCCGCGCUGGUGUGCCUUUUGCCAGUGUCACUUUAGUGGGGAUCUUAUUGAACACAGAAGAACAAAGAAGCACAAGAUGGCAAAGGUCUCCUCACGGCCAUUUUGCACAGUAUGUGAACGCCACUUCAGAACUCCGCGCAAAUUUGUGGAGCAUAUGAAAUCCCCAGAGCACAAACAGCGGGUUGAGGAGCUAAGAGAAGAAGGAGGACCUGAAGUCAUGGAAGAACUCAUAACAGUGGAUGCCGUUGGCUGCUUUGAAGGUGAAGAUGACUAUGAAGAAGAAGGAAAUGAAGAUGAGGAAGACACAGUGACUGAACAGCUGGUCCUUUCAGAGGAGAUUAAUGAUUGCAAUGACUAUGAUCCAGACACCCAAUAUGGCACUAGUUUUGUAGUGCCAGUAGCAGGCUUCCUUUGUAAGCUCUGCCACAAGUUCUACCAUUUUGAGUCCAAAGCUCGGGAGGCACACUGCAAGUCUCUCAUGCACUACCAGAACUUACAGAAGUAUAAGGCCAUGCUGAACCUGCCUCAGGAAGAUGAGGAAAUCUUAGCCAGCUCUUUAGGAGAGAACCCAGAGAAUAGCAGAGACUGUGCUGUGGAGAUGGAUGACAAAUAUGAGGAAGUAGAGAAGUCCAAAAGCCAGUCAGAUACUACUUGAAACCCACUAACAGAAGCUGUGUGUACAGUAAUACCCACAGUCUCAAACCCAUGUCCUAAGUCCUCAGGCACACAAAACCCAGCUGUAGUUAGGAAGCAUCACAGUUGUAAGAUGACCUCGGAUUCUGGCUCAACCAUACAAAAGAAGAAUUAUAACACAAAAGAAAAAUUAUAACUCAUCUGAAACCUGAAAGUUUGUGUCUUAUGUUGUUAAACUGUGUGUUACUGCUGUAAUUCUGUUGCUGAACAUAAAAAUCUGUACUCAGACUCACUACUUUGGACAGUAGGUUUUAACCAUUAUUUUUUUAAUACUGUAAAAUAGUUUUUAAAGAUGUAUAAAGGCAGUUGCAUUAAGAUUAUAAUUUCUUUAAAAUAUAUUUAAAAUACUCUACAAAAACUGCUGCAUUAUGAAUGUAAAAAGUUAUUUCUGGAGCUGUGAAAUUGACUACCAUAUGGUCAAGUACAGUGCAGACUGUAAGUUAUUAGAAAGAGGCUUUUUUUUCUUUUGGCCUUUUACUUGGCAAAUAGGAAAUGCAGCCAUUUUAAUACAUAUUUACCCCUUUUAGAGGAGUGUAAUAAACAGACAAAGACAGUGUUGAGUUGCCAUAGGGUUCAGGUCAUGACAAGGACUUUGCCAGUCAAAAACAUUGCACUUAUUAGUCAUGGAGCAUUCCAUUGUUGCUUUAGUAGUAUGAUAGGGAUAUUGUCCUGCUGCAAGAUUUGAUUGAGCAUUCAGUUUGGGUGUAAGCAGUUCAGAAAUAAAGCAAUUAAUUUUUA